GUCGAGUGCCUAGCUAUAUUGUUCAAAAGACUUGAGGCUCUCUCAGUGACUUGACUUAUAAGUCCCCACGGUUCCACUCAUCAGUCUCUUUGUUCUUUUCUCAAUUCUGCCAUCCAGACAUCCAAACUCUAUCUUGCUUUGACAAGCUCACGUUGAACCCUCUUCAAGCCCAAUGCCCCUGACUUGGCAAUAUCGCCCUGUCGAUCUUCAAGUCACUACUAUGGCUGACAUCAAAACAAAGCUGGCGUGUACAACUACACAAGUACAAUCAUCCAGUGUUCGCUUCUUGCAAUCUUCUUCCUCCAGCCUCAAGACUCUUAGCGGUCUUCCAACAGACCAGCUAGUCAUUUUGCUCACACCAGCAAUUCCCUCGACCGAUGGCAACGAAGACCCUUUCGAAUGCUUGGGUCGAGCUCUCAGCAAGCGGCACGCUCGAGUAAGACAUGUGCCAUUCGUCGCAAAAGUCGGUCUGACGGACCUUCAUGCCGCAUGGAUACGAAAAGCAGGAGCCAUCAUCGUUGUCAAUUGCGACCCAACUUUGAUGAUCGACACCAAAGCCGCUACCAACAUGUCCUCUCAAAUCAAAGUCGCGGCCGAUGUGUCAGAGAUAGCGCACGAUCUUCAUGGCAAUUCACAAAUACCAUUGUCUUAUUUUUACAUUAGUCCUUCGGCUGCGGCACCGACGAAUAUGAGUGGUUAUGACAAUGUGGUCGUGUGCUUUUCGUAUUCAAUCGCGAAUAUGGAGAAAGCUGCAGCCAUGUUAAUCUGCUAAUAAGAGCUAAAACUUGAGAUAUUGAUUGGAUAUCGUUUCCGGGCCUGGGGCCGCCGACUGAAUGAGAUUGAUCAGAACCACACCAAGAAAUGGUGGAAACUAGUCGUACGAGCCAGGGCACUCAUUACUCGAGAAGGACAUAGUAUCUGCUGAUGUUUGCAAGAGUCGCUUUGCUUGGGACAUGGGUGAUUGAAGUCGUGGAGUCAAAAGUACUUGGUGAUAUGAUCUGCUUUGCACAAAUAGCAUCC